AUUCUGUUAGCCUUCUAUUAGAAAGAAGGAAAUACACAUAUAAAGUGGAACUAAUAUGUCACUUCUUCAAUUAUUUAUUAUUCUAAUUACUACCAGCAUUGCAAUUGUAAACAGCACCUUCAUUAUGACAUGUUGCUUCUGAAAGUCAUCGAUUGCUAAAAGUCAGGGUUUCUGUUUUGUCUAUUUUCUUAGCUUCUUGGUUUUCUGCUAUUCUGUUCACCAAAACCGAGAGCAAGAACAGAAAACGAAAAAUAUUACAAAAUUGCUUCAUCAAACAGAAAAGUGCUAGCACCGAGCAUCUUUGACAGCCCUUGUGUAAAACUGUCUUGCAUUGUACCAGCCUUUGACGAAAGUAAACGUUUGCCUUCCAUGCUAAAGGAAACUGUAGAUUUCCUUGAAAGUCAAAAACGUAUAGAUUCCACCAACAGUUACGAGAUCAUAAUUGUUGACGAUGGCAGCAGGGAUAAUACCAUUGACGUCGUCUUGAAGUUCGCUAAGGAUGUGCCUGAAGCUGACAUCCGUAUUCUUGCUCUGGAUAAGAAUAGAGGCAAAGGCGGUGCUGUUACUCAGGGAAUGCUUUGUGCUCGCGGGCAGUUGUGCUUAAUGGUUGAUGCUGAUGGCGCUACGCAGUUUUCGGAUCUCAGUCAGCUUUUACGCGAAAUUGAUCGUAUUAAGGAUGAAGAUAAAGCCGUUGUAAUCGGGUCGCGAUCUCAUCUUGUUACUACUGAUGCCGUUGUCAAAAGAUCUUUUAUAAGAAAUCUUUUGAUGCGUGGCUUUCAUUUAUUGGUGUACAUAUUUGGCAUACGUGGAAUUGAAGAUACCCAGUGUGGCUUCAAACUGUUUACAAGAAAAUCAGCACAAAUCAUAUUCCCAAACAUGCAUGUUGAAAGAUGGAUUUUUGACAUUGAAUGCCUUAUGAUCGCACAAAUUCAAAAGAUGCCUAUUUCGGAAAUUCAAGUGACCUGGCAUGAAAUCGAUGGAUCCAAGGUUAAUUUGAUGGUGGACUCAAUGAAGAUGGCUAUUGAUUUGUUAUUAAUUAGGCUUAAUUACGUUUUUGGUUUUUGGACAGUCAAUACGAGGAAAUGAUACUCGUCUCGUUUACAAUUAGCAGUUAUACUAUAUCUUUAUUACUUAUAAUUAUUGUAAAUUUAUGUUUAUAUCUUCGGCAUCUGUAUAUCUGUUUUUUAGAAUGAACUCUGCAUUUAAUAAAUCGUUGUUGUUGUACCGUUUGAUA